AUGGCAGAUCCUCAGCACCAAGAGCGGCGGAGCUUAAGGAGCAGAUUGCAAGGUCGGGCAAUUGCGGAGAGAAAACUGGUCGAAACAGUCAAUGCUCUCUCCGCGCCGGACUUCUUUGCGAAGUAUGCACCACCUGAAUUGAUGACCGAACUGGGGAACUGCCACUCCGAACUUGAGCUGUCAAGUCUGCAAGCAGACGCUGCAAACGUGCCCAGUGGAUGGUUGGAGGCAUGCCUGAAACUGAUCGAGGAAACCAGUGCUCAGGACUACCAAAACUCGGAGAUAAAGUGGUCAACCUCGAAGAAGAGGAAGGAGAUGAAGCUGCCAGACAUGAAAUAUAUUAUUCUCUUUCAUGGUACCUCCCACCUUGUCGGCUUCAUCUCCUUCAUGAUAACCUAUGAAGAUGGUUACGAGGUGCUCUAUGUCUACGAGAUUCAUUUCACCCCUGAAUGGCAAGGCAAAGGAAUUGGCAAAAAACUGAUGAAGAUCGUCGAGGUCAUUGGCCAGAACGUUGGCAUCACCAAAAUCAUGUUGACUGCCUUCAGGGCAAAUCGUCGGGCUGUUGGCUGGUAUACUCAACUGAGUUACGAAGAAGACGACUUCUCUCCCGGUCCACGCAAAUUGAGAAACGGCACCGUCAAAGAACCGAGCCACAUCAUUCUUUCGAAGCAAGUGAAACGAUGA